GUGUCACUUAUGAAACACGGGUCCUUGUUGCUGCAGAGAAGUAGUUUUGCUGGAAGGAGGGAGUGUAUGUGCUGCCUGGGCUCCCUUCCUGCAGCCUCCUCUCAGCAGACAGGGUCCAGGCACCCUGUCUGGGGAAGGGCCGGCAAGGACGGGCGGGCGUGGGACCAGGCUGCCUGUCCCUCCAGCAUCCUCAUCUUCCCUUGGGUGCCCUUGGCCCUGCAGACCGUCCGUCCGGGCUAACUCUGUCCUUUGCUGCUUUUUGGUUCCAUCUUAGAAGAGGCUCCGCUUGACUAAGAAAGAGUAGUUUGAAGGAGGUAGGAUGCAGGAGCUGCGGCUGCUGUGCUGCGCGGUCCUCCUGGGCCUGGUGCAGACCUGUCCCGAGCCCUGCGACUGUGGGGAGAAGUACGGUUUCAAGAUUGCCGACUGCGCCUACCGUGACCUGGAGGCCGUGCCCCCCGGCUUCCCCACCAACGUGACCACGUUGAGCCUCUCAGCCAACCGGCUGCCAGGCUUGCCAGAGGGUGCCUUCAGGGAGGUGCCCCUGCUGCAGUCGCUGUGGCUGGCACACAAUGAGAUCCGCACAGUGGCCGCCGGUGCCCUGGCCCCUCUGGGCCAUCUCAAGAGCCUGGACCUCAGCCACAACCUCAUCUCGGACUUUGCCUGGAGCGACCUGCACAACCUCAGUGCCCUCCAGUUGCUCAAGAUGGACAGCAACGAGCUGACCUUCAUCCCCCGAGAUGCCUUCCGCAGCCUCCGUGCUCUGCGCUCGCUGCAGCUCAACCACAACCGCUUGCACACACUGGCCGAGGGCACCUUCACACCGCUCACCGCGCUGUCCCACCUGCAGAUCAACGACAACCCCUUCGACUGUACCUGUGGCAUCGUGUGGUUCAAGACGUGGGCCCUGACCACGGCCGUGUCCAUUCCAGAGCAGGACAACGUCACCUGCUCUUCACCGCACGUGCUCAAGGGCACCCCGCUGAACCGCCUGCUGCCGCUGCCCUGCUCAGCGCCCUCGGUGCAGCUCACCUACCAGCCCAGCCAGGAUGGCGCCGAGCUGCGGCCCGGCUUCGUGCUGGCGCUCCACUGUGAUGUGGAUGGGCAGCCAGCCCCCCAGCUUCACUGGCACAUCCAGACGCCUGGCGGCACCGUGGACAUCACCAGCCCCAACGUGGGUGCUGACGGGCGUGCCCUGCCUGGCACCCCAGCAGCCAGCAGCCGGCCACGCUUCCAGGCCUUUGCCAAUGGCAGCCUACUGAUCCCUGACUUCGGCAAGCUGGAGGAGGGCACCUACAGCUGCCUGGCCACCAAUGAGCUGGGCAGUGCGGAGAGCUCAGUGAAUGUGGCACUAGCCACGCCAGGUGAGGGUGGCGAGGAUGCGUUGGGGCGUAGGUUCCACGGCAAAGCAGCCGAGGGUAAGGGCUGCUACACGGUUGACAAUGAGGUGCAGCCGUCGGGUCCCGAGGACAAUGUGGUCAUCAUCUACCUCAGCCGUGCUAGGGGCCCCGAGGCUGCAGCAGCAGGAGAAGGAGUCCGUGGGCAGCAACUCCCAGGCCUGCUCCUACUGGGCCAGAGCCUCCUCCUCCUCCUCCUCCCUUCCUUCUAGCCCCACCCCCAUGGGGCUGGGCUGGAGCAGCCCAGGGCCGCCCCCACUCCUCCCCGGACUCUGCAGAUGUCCCUUCUAAGGGGGUAGGGGGGUGGGGGGCAGGGUGGCAACUCCUGAGGCCUGCAUGGGGGCUUCAUAUCUUCCUACCUCUCCUUCUCAUCUCUUCUGGAAUAUUUGCCACCCCAACUUCUAGACCUGCUCAAAGCUGGUGACCAGUACAGAAUUUGAUCCCAUAACCCACUGUCUACAGUGCUAAUUGCCGCUGAGCACACUGCCCGUGCUGCCUGUCAGGGUGGCAUGCUAACGGGGGGAUGCCCCAGCCAACUGGGAGAUGCCUCACUGAGGGAACUCCAGGCGCCGGGACUGACUGACAAGCUGGCAAAGGCGGGUAGCGGGGGGCUAGGCAGGGAGGUAGCCUGAAGCAGACACGGCACAGGAGAGAGGAAUAAACUGUAGGGGCAAUGGCUGGCAUGGCUCUGAGGCACUCGGUGACCUGCUUAAGCUCCUGCUGUCCCUUGGUGUUCUCUGAUGACUUGGGGGCUCAGGAGUCCCUUUGCGCUCAUCUCAGACAGGACUGGAGGUUCCAGCAUGGGCCUCCACCUCCUCGCACGCACCCUCCCUCCCUCUGCCUGUGCGCCUCCAUCCUGGCCACCUGCCCUGCCUUUCUCUCCAAGUAUGCAUCUGUAGCCUGCCCCUCCAAAGAGGCCAGCCAGCCUGGGGGCGGCAGAGAAAUAAACAGCAUUUCUGAUGCUC